CGUAUCCGGCCGCCGCCACGAGAGGAGCUGCCGCCAUGUCCGCGCACCUGCAAUGGAUGGUCGUGCGAAACUGCUCCAGCUUCUUGAUCAAGAGGAAUAAGCAGACGUACAGCACCGAACCCAAUAACCUGAAGGCCCGCAACUCCUUUCGCUACAACGGGCUCAUUCACCGCAAGACUGUGGGCGUGGAGCCGGCGGCGGACGGCAAAGGGGUCGUGGUGGUCAUGAAGCGGAGAUCCGGCCAGCGAAAGCCGGCCACUUCUUACGUGCGGACCACCAUCAACAAGAAUGCCCGGGCCACCCUCAGCAGCAUCCGGCACAUGAUCCGAAAGAACAAGUACCGCCCGGAUUUGCGUAUGGCUGCCAUCCGCAGAGCCAGCGCCAUCCUGCGCAGCCAGAAGCCUGUGAUGGUGAAGAGGAAGCGGACCCGCCCCACCAAGAGCUCCUGAGCAAUCUGUCCCCUUCCCUAAUGCAAUAAAGCUGUCAGCUGACUU